ACGUUAAUAUUCCAAUUGUUAUCAUAAAUAAAUGGGGCCGGGCCGGGCAGGCCCGUGGAAAUGCUGCACAAAGGAAUUAGUGAGUUAGUGAUACUGAAACUUGGGAUAAGAAGAUGAAGAUUAUGGUAGCUUCUUUGGCGCUGUCUCUGACUGUGACUGUGAAUGUGAACCCUCCAAGCUCUCUUCUUCAUCUUCUUCCUUUGCUUUCUUCUUCUUCUUCUUCUUCUUCUUCUGCAACUGCAAGUGGCGUUAGAUUCAAGCAUUCCUUAGUAGUUGAAAAGGCGGAGAGAAGAUUAGCUUCAACUUCAAAGCACAUUUGCAGAGCAGCAGCAACCGAGUACAAAUUUCCCGAUCCUAUUCCUGAAUUUGCCGAUGCUGAGACCGAAAAGUUCAGGAACCAUCUCCUCACCAAGCUCUCCAAGAGAGAUAUAUAUGGAGAUUCUGUCGAUCAAGUUGUCCGAAUCUGCACUGAGAUAUUUAGUACUUUCUUACACACCGAGUAUGGUGGUCCUGGGACACUCUUGGUCCUUCCUUUCAUUGAUAUGGCCGAUACUGUGAAUGAACGGGGAUUGCCUGGUGGACCGCAAGCUGCACGCGCUGCUGUUAAAUGGGCACAAAAACAUGUUGACAAGGAUUGGAAUGAGUGGACUGGUGGCGAUGACGAGUAGCAGAAGAACUUCCUCUUCUUAGAAUAAUGUUUUUAUCUUUUCAGAUGUUCCAGAGUUGAUCGAGCAGUUUUGAUACCUUGAAAGUUUUUUUCAAUCUGAUGAAUGAGUGCGUUGGUAGAAACAUAGAAUGUGAAAUUUGAGUAGCUUCUUCUUGUAAUUUUUAAUAGUUGGGAGGAUAUAUAUGUAGCGUCUUUUAUGAGGUUGGGAGUGGAGUGGAGGAUACCAAAUGUAUGAAGGGCACCAAAUGGAUUUUAGUAUCAAUCAGAAGCCGUUGUUCUUAGAACUUGUUUUAA